AUGGUGUAUAGUACAAAUGCACAUAAAAGUCUGAGGAAAGCCAUAUUAUCUGGCUUUGCGGCCUCUUUAUAUUUCGCGUCAAUUUCACCAGUAUCAGCAGCGGCCGUCAAAGGUUAUCGGGACACAGCAGUAUCUGUAAACGAGUGGGACCCCGUGCUCCGAGGAAUUGAAGACGCAGAAUGCGCCGACCUUGCGGUAAUUUUCGCUCGCGGCACCUUUGACAAAGGAAAUCUAGGGCCCUGGGUUGGUGGUCCGUUCCGCGAUGCUUUGGUUAGCAGGUCGGCAGACAUCAAGCUAGCGAUCCAAGGUGUCGACGUAGAUAGUUAUCCAGCAGAUCUUGCCGGUUACGUUGAAGAAGGAGGGUCAGGCAGUUGCGGUGCAAGUAUCGGAGAGAGCGUGCAGACUUACGUCUCUCAUUGCCCAGACGCGAAGGUCGCUAUUUGGGGAUGGAGCCAAGGAGCCCUGUGCGCACACAAGGCGAUGGGUGAACUGGGCGAUGCGGCUACGAAUGUCAUCGCUUUGGGUGUUUUCGGCGACCCGGUCGGCGUUUGGCAGGAUAGCGUAGAUUAUCCGGCGAUACCAGAAGGUGUCAAUUUUCUAUCGUACUGCGAGAAGACAACUCCAGAUCCUCUAUGCGCCAACCCGACGGAAGACUUCCCGCAUACCCCUAAAGCAUUUAUCGACAGACUCAAGGAUAUCUGGGAGGAGGUAGAUACGACGCACAUGAAUGACGCCCAGAAAGGAGCAGUCGGAGAGCUCUUGAUUGAACUUCCCAAACAAGCCGUCAAAGAACUUGGCCAACUGGCGACGGACAUCGCAGGGGGUCACCUUCGACGAUGGAUGCUGAGUCCGCAACACUUUUGGUAUGGCAUUGACGGGAAGGUUGAGACAGCUGCAGAUGAUCUUCUUCGUGUAUAUAAUAGUCAAAAAUAG